AAUAGUCAAUCUGAAUCGAAUUGAAUUAACUUUUCUAUUCAUCAAUUAACCUAAACAUCUUUAACAAUUUUAAUUCUGUUAAUUGUCCAGUUGAUAAACUUUUUUCUAUUCUUCAAAAGAAGCGCCAAAAAUUGGAACCAAUUGAAAAACGAAACAAACACAAAAUGUUUAUCUUUUUAAUUGUGAUGAGUGAGAAAUAAAUGAAUUGAUUAACUCACUAUGACUAAAUCAGUAGAAAACUGGAUUGAUUUAGGGUGAGAAUCUUCAUCUCUGUUGAUUAAUUAUUUUCCUCUUUGUGCCAAACAAUCGGAUCAAAAUCAAUCGAAAAUUUAAAAAGACCAAAAGUCAAAGUGACUCUUAAAGAUUAACAGAAACAUCUUUUUCUCUGCCUCUUUUAAUUCAAUUAAAUUGAAACAAUUGGAAAGUUAAUUUAUUUUAUUUCCUAAUUAAUUCUAAUCGUCUUUAUUGACAGUAAUUAUUACCAAUGUAUUCUCAGCUGUUGCUUUGUUUAACAUUGUCUUUGGUGACCUUGUAUCUUCCGGUUAUGGGUGAAGAGACAACAGUAAAUGUUGAUGAACAUAAUCAUCACCAUCACCAUGAUGGAAAUAUGGAUUCUAUGGACUCAGGUCAUUCAAUGGACCAUCACAUGGGUAUGGACAUGAACGGUUCAGACAUGGAUAUGUCAAUGAUGAAAGGCUAUUUCCACACCGAUUUGGGUGAUACCUUAUUGUUCAAAGAUUGGAUUCUCAAGACAUCUUCGUCUACCCUUGUUGCCUGUAUUGGAUUCUUUAUACUUGGUGUUCUCUAUGAAGGUCUCAAAAGUUAUCGUGAAUUUUUAAUCACUCGUAUCGCCUCAAGACGUUGUUACUCUGUCUCUGUGAUAACUGUUGGCAAUGGAGGUGGAACCGGAUGCCCGGAGGCCUGUGGACCAACUUCAGGUGACCCAACGAAACCUCAAUCACCAACCAACAUAGUCUCUUGUAAGAUGUGGUCCUGGUCUCAUUUUUAUCAAUCUUUACUUCACAUUCUUCAAGUGGUUGUUUCUUAUACUCUUAUGUUGGGAUUUAUGUCAUUUAAUGUUUGGAUUUGCUUGGCCAUCGCUCUUGGUGCUGGUCAAGGUUAUUUCCUAUUCUGUUGGAAACGAAUCACCGUUGUCUCAAUGACCGAUCAUUGUAACUAACUAACCUAACAAAGUUACAAUUAUCCUUCUAUCCGAUUAUCAAUUGGAAAUGUUACAAUUUUCAUCUCUACAAAAUUCUGACCAAUCAAUUUUUGAUUGUUUAUCAAUGACCAUUAAUUGACUAAUUCUUUUUUCACCUUGUGUUACCAAUCAACUUCCAUAACCUUAAUGAAGUGAUUUUUUUAUAUUUCUCCUCAAAUAGUUUAUAUUAACUUGUUAAAAGUAUCGUUUGUAUUGUUGACUUUGAUAUCAUCUUCCAAUGUUGUAGUUUAUUAAUGUUAAUUGAGACAAAUUGAUCAAAUGAUAUACUUAUUAUUAUAAGAAGAGAUCAAUUGAUGAUUUUCUUACUUAUUCUUUGAUUGUUUACCUUUGACAAUUACACAAUAAAGAAUCAAAUUUUUUUCUCUCUUGA